GAGCCGGUCCCGAGCGGGUCCCGAGCCUCCCGCCGGCUGCGCCCGACUCCGAAGGCGCCGAGCCCGCGGGGCCGGGCCCAUGUGCGUGCGGCCCUCUCCAGGCCGUCCGCACUUUACCUCUGCGAGAGUCCUGGCCUCCCUCGGGCCUUGGAGGAGCCGCCGCGACCCCCAGGCUGCGGGGCAGGUAAACCAACCAAAACUCUUCCCUGAAUGAAAAAAAAAUCUUUUUUAAAGUUGCAUAUAUACAAAAGAAAAAACCUAAGUGCUUUUUAUUUUGCCCGAACACAAGAUUUAAAUCAGGUACAGCAAUAGAAGGCUGACCACUGUACACUGGACAACCAGGAUCAAUGUCAAGGGCCAAGGCAGUUUUAUUUGUAUGGAUUUCUGUUCACUGCUGCAUUCAUAGAGGUUGCAGAAUCUCUUAAGCUCUGUGGCCACCAUCAUGUUCUGGAAAUUUGACUUGAAUACCACGUCCCAUGUUGACAAGCUGCUCGACAAGGAACAUGUGACACUGCAAGAGUUAAUGGACGAAGAUGACAUCCUGCAAGAGUGUAAGGCUCAAAACCAGAAGUUGCUGGACUUCCUGUGCAGGCAGCAGUGUAUGGAGGAGCUGGUAAAUCUCAUCACACAGGACCCACCCCUGGACAUGGAAGAGAAGGUCCGAUUCAAAUAUCCAAACACAGCCUGUGAGCUUCUGACUUGUGAUGUGCCGCAGAUCAGCGACAGACUAGGCGAGGACGAGAGUCUGCUGAACCUUCUGUAUGACUUCCUGGAUCAGGAGCCACCACUCAACCCACUGCUUGCCAGUUUUUUCAGCAAGACCAUUGGCAAUCUUAUUGCAAGGAAAACUGAACAGGUGAUCAUGUUUUUGAAGAAGAAGGAGAAGUUUAUCAGCCUGAUGCUGAAGCACAUAGGCACCUCAGCUCUCAUGGACCUGCUGCUGCGCCUGGUCAGCUGUGUGGAACCAGUUGGUCUCCGGCAAGAGGUCCUACAUUGGCUUAAUGAGGAGAAGAUCAUCCAGAGACUUGUGGAAUUGAUCCAUCCUCAUCAGGAUGAAGAUAGGCAGUCAAAUGCUUCUCAGGCACUCUGUGACAUCAUCAGACUGGGCAGAGACCAGGGCAGUCAGCUGCAGGAGGCUGUGGAGCCAGACCCCCUCCUCAUAACACUGGAGUCGCAGGACUGUGUGGAGCAGCUUCUGAAGAACAUGUUUGAUGGGGAUCAGAUGGAGAGCUGCCUGGUUAGUGGGAUGCAGGUGCUGCUUGCCUUGCUGGAGCCAAGGCGUGUUGGAACAGAAGGCUUGGUGGACUCCUUUUCUCAGGGACUGGAAAAGUCAUACUCUGUCAACAGCAGCAUCCUGCGUGGCAUCGAGCCAUGGCUAAAGAAUUUCCAUCAGCUCCUGCUCCACCCGCCAAAGAAAAAAGCAAUCCUGACCACUAUUGGCGUGCUAGAGGAGCCCCUGGGGAAUGCUCGUCUUCAUGGUGCACGCCUCAUGGCUGCACUGCUGCACACAAACACGCCCAGCAUCAACCAGGAGCUCUGCCGACUCAACACCAUGGACUUACUGCUGGACUUGUUUUUUAAGUACACCUGGAAUAACUUUUUACACUUCCAAGUGGAACUGUGCAUUGCCGCUAUUCUUUCCCAUGCUGCCCGGGAGGAGCAGGCAGAAGCUAGUGGAUCGGAUGGCAAGGUGGAGCCUCUUCAGGGGAGUGGAGACGGAACUGGGAAGCCAGAGACCCCCCAAUCCAUCACCAGCCUUCCUGAGAACACCAUGGUGACCCAUCUGUUCCAGAAGUGCUGCCUGGUACAAAGGAUCCUGGAAGCCUGGGAAGCCAACGACCACACACAGGCAGCAGGUGGCAUGAGACGCGGGAAUAUGGGUCACCUCACAAGGAUCGCCAAUGCAGUUGUACAGAACCUGGAGCAGGGCCCAGUGCAGACCCAUAUCAGUGAAGUCAUCCGAGGGCUCCCUGCAGAUUGCCGUGGUCGCUGGGAGAGCUUUGUGGAAGAGACUCUGAUGGAGACCAACCGCAGGAACACUGUGGACCUGGUGAGCACUCACCACCUUCACUCCUCAAGUGAGGACGAGGACAUUGAGGGUACUUUCCCUAACGAGCUGUCCCUUCAGCAGGCCUUCUCUGAGUACCAGAUCCAGCAGAUGACAGCCAACUUUGUGGAUCAGUUUGGCUUCAAUGAUGAGGAAUUUGCAGACCAGGAUGACAACAUCAAUGCCCCAUUUGACCGGAUUGCAGAGAUCAACUUCAACGUUGAAGCCGAUGAGGACAGUCCUAGUGCGGCUCUGUUUGAAGCCUGCUGCAGUGAUCGAAUCCAGCCCUUCGAUGAUGAUGAGGAAGAAGACAUCUGGGAGGAUGAGGAGACUCGAUGCACUGCCCGGGUGAUGGCCAGAGCCAGGUUUGGAGCCCCUCAUGUUUUAGAAAAUUACUCAAAGAAUGCCCUGGAACAUGGAGGCCAGGACAGGAAGGCUGGCUUAGCAGCAGCUAGGAAUAUUCCUGGAUUGGCCACUCCUUCAUCUCCUACACAGAAAGAAGGUCCUCGCUCAGAGAGUGAUUCAGAAGGUACUACAUGGACAGCAGUUUUUGAUGAGCCAGUGAACCCGAUGUCUGCAGCCCCAGGAGCUGCGAGGGAUGUGGGUUCUAGUAUAUGGGCAGCUGGUCCCUCAGCUCCAGAGGAGAAAGGCUGGGCCAAAUUCACCGACUUCCAGCCUUUCUGCUGCUCUGAGUCAGGGCCCCGGUGCAGCUCUCCUGUGGAUAUGGACCACAGCCAUGCCGAGGGUGGCCAGAGUCCAGGCCCAGAGAAAGCCUCUGGUCCUACCUCGCCUUGUACCUGGAAUGUGUGUGUCACCCGGAAGGCCCCACUGGUAGCCUCUGACAGCAGCUCCUCUGGGGGAUCUGACAGUGAAGAUGACGAGAAGGCAGCUGGUGCUGUGGAAGCCAUGCGCACAGGUCAUGGUGGGAAAGCCCCCCCACUACCCAGGACAGAGGAAGCUGCUGCCAGCAGGACUGAGUGUACGGACAGCACCGUGUUAGCCCCUGCCUGCCCUGCACCUCCAGAAGUGACCAUCAGUCCCGCUGUGGCCACCACAGCACCAAGCAAGGCAGGUCCUCCCGCAGCCACCGCAGUUGUCUCUUCCUCAGUGGCUAUUGCAGUGCCCCCAGGGCCGGUCAUGGCGGUAACCACAGCAGCCCCAGCCAUAGUUGCCACCCAGGAGACAAUGACAAAGGACAGGAAGACAGAUGCCCUGCCAGAAGGAGCUGCCUUAAAUGGUCCUGUGUAACUGCUGCCACCAGCUAUGGCCCGCCCUGGUCAGGCUGCUUCCUUUAUCAAGAAAACUACCUGGUGAUGCAAUUUUUUUUAAUUUAAAAUAAAUGCUGCAUUUGGUAAAGCUGGCA